CUGAAGCACAAUAAGACCCACGACAAUUUAGCUCGUUGGGUAAUUGAACUCCAGAGCUACAAUGUCACCAUAGAAUAUCUCAAGGGUUCUUCAAAUGUAGUAGCAGACGCCUUAUCCCGAGUCGUUGACAAGAGGGUUCGAUUCGAGGACAAUACCCCCGAGACAGACGAUAUCGUGGAGUUCCCGGUAAGUAUUAACGUUCUCCGUCAGGUUUCCUACUCGGUUCGUCCGUCCGUCCUUUGCCUCGGUCAAUUCCGUGCCAUUCGUCCAUAUGACGCCCUCCUGGAGCAGAAGCAAGAUGACUUUUGCUCAUCGAUCGCCACCUUUAUAGAGACUCAGCGGUUUCCGACCUCAGUUCCCGACGAACAACGGCCCUUCUUGCUCUCCAUCGCGGAGCAUUGUGUGGUUCAGAAAAACGGUUGUUUAUAUUAUAGAGAUCCAAGACCGUACCAGUCCGGAGUACGUCGCGAGCGACUUGUUGUUCCGGAGAAGCUCGAAGAACCUGUCUUUUUGGCGCUUCAUUCAAGUCCGUCAGCUGGCGGCCAUUUUAAUUGGCGCAAGACACUGGCCAAGAUAUCACGUAAGUAUUUCUGGCCUCACAUGGCGGAGGACAUCUUUGCUCUGGUUCGCUCAUGUGAACAAUGCCAACGUAAGCGAAACCAGCAAGCUAACCGCGAACUCUUGGCUCCUGUCACGAGCGGCGCUAUCUUCGAUAAGGUGUACGUCGAUUUGACGGGACCACUCCAUACUUCCGAGAACGGUAACAAAUAUAUCUUAGCUAUGAUUGAUCACUUUUCGAAGUAUGUUAUCGCCACUCCUCUGCCAGAUUGCACCGCGAUUACUGUAGCUCACGCGAUAAUGUCGGAUUGUAUCCUGGUUUAUGGUGUAAUGACGCAGCUAGUAUCUGAUAAUGCUUCUUAUUUCAAGGGAGAAGUCCUUUCUGAGGUCGGACGUUUGCUGCGCAUCAGCCGCUAUUUCACGACACCGUAUCACCACGAAGGCAACGGAGCAUGCGAACGAGUGUUCGCCACCUUUCAUCCGAUGCUCCGCACCUAUAUCGCUGACAAUCAACUCGACUGGGACAGGUACGUUAAAGCUUGCGCAUUCAUGUACAAUACCUCAGUUCAUACCAGCACUAAUAACACUCCGUAUUUUCUAAUGUUUGGCAGGGACCCUGUAUUCAAUAUUGACCUGCUUAUCAAGCAUGAUUUGGAGUGUCACACCCCCUCUUUGGACGACGCCGGGCUCUACGUCGAAAACUUGGUAGCCACUCUUCACGCCGCCUGGCGCUCCGCCAAAGACUUCAACGAUCGCCAGCGGGCGAAGUAUAAGCAGCAGCAUGAUCGUACUCACCUUCGGCCCCUAGAUAUUCGCGUCGGCGAUCGCGUUUUCUUGCGCGACCUGGCUCCGAAGGUAGGGCUAUCAUCCAAGCUCUGCAAUCCUUGGCUGGGGCAGUUCCGUGUUGUGGAAGUCGACCCCCCUCAUCUUACCAUCGUCAGCGUUUCGGCCCCGCAAUCGUCACCCCGACGAGUGCACAUGAACCAGGUCAAGCGCUGCUACGAGCUCUCUGGUCCUGUGUUCACCUCGCAAUGGACACCAGUCGAAGAACAGGCGGCACUGUCUGCCGCCGGAGCUACGGAAUUAACUAUGCCUGGUUACUCUCAUCAGGUAAGUACAGAACAAUUUGUUACCGAAUCUCCAGUGCCGACUCAUCAUUAUAACACUCGUUUUAGAUCACGCCGCACUUCUCUAUGA